AUGCUUUGGCUGCUGACUAUUAGUAGUUAUGCGGAGGAAUGCCAAGACAAGUUGCCUUUGAUUUGUGGAACUGUCUACGACUAUUGCACGUCUUUCAGACAUUUUGCCUUUCUGAAGGAGAAUUGUCAGUACUCUUGUCACCAAUGCAAAAAUGAUUGCAAGGAUUUUGUUGCGUAAGAUUUUUAGGGUUUUUUUCUGUAUUAUGGGGGGUUGCCAUUUGAUGUAAAUGCCUUACGGUGUUGCCGGAUGCUAAGAAUUUAUUCGGUAUAAAAAGUUUUUUGUUGAAAAGAGUUUUAACUUUAUGAUUCACAAGUUUCACUGUGAUGAUUGCAGUUGCCGCUCGCUAAAACAGAUUGGAGCUUGCGACAAAAGAACACGCUACGACCAUGACAUUGUCAUGAGAUGGUGCCCAAGAACCUGCGGCAGCUGCAAGGACAAAUCCAGAACUCCGGAGAAGACAUUCAGCUCAAAUGCAGGAAUCGCCAAGGUCCUGAAAGAGUUGAAGAAUCUGCUGAAAAACGCAAAAGAGGGAUGGGAGAGCAAAAUGUCAGGGAUGGAGAAGAAACUGGAGGAUGCGCUGAAAACAAAAAACUCAGACGACAAAGGAAAGGAUGAAUGUCCAGAGGGUAAGUUUGCGUCGACUAGUCAGUUUUAUUUGAAGCUAAGCGGGCUAAAAAAGUCUGGCCACGCACUGCGAAAAACACAUAUCCGAAAAAUACGGUCGUCGCUAAUGAGUGUUAAGCAAUUCGAAAAGAAUUCUUACACGGUGUACUGAAAGCUCCUGAAUUCGGUGAUUUCAAGGCCAGCGUCCUGGGAUAUACCGGGUUUCGCGAAUUUUGCGUUCACGCGAACAGGGAAAAGGGGGAGAACCUUCAUGCGAAGUGGGUUUCCCUGUCGCUUAUACGAGUCCGUCCGGAAAGUCGCGAGUACGCCAAUUUGUUUUUGGAAAAAAUAUAUUUUUCUAUAGACUUUUGCAAAUGUUGGUGCCUUUUUAUACGAAGGCAGGCUUAAACCAAUUUUUUCCGUAAAAAACCGGUUUUGUGUAAACUUUGGUGAAAAGCCUCUAGACCUCGUCAAGGUAUUUGCACUGAUAGAUUUUAUCCCUAAGGGCAAGGAAUUUCAACCCUUUUACAGGAUGUAUUAACAAUUUCAACCUAAAAUGACUUACCGAAUGGAGAAUUCAACUACAACCAAACAUGCACUUCAUCUUCGUCGCUGCUGUCGACUUGACUAGACUGGUUUUGUUGACUUAGUCUGGAGUUGUUAGCAGACUGUUUUCGACGAAACUGACUGAUGUUGCUUAAGGCUGACAAAAGAUUCCGCCGCAUGAAGAACUGUCGUGCCUUGUCAGCACUGUCGAUGCCAAAGCAACGUUCUGCCAGUACGUUUCCAACAUGAUGCAUCGACUCCAAAUAUUGUUCACCAAAUUUGCCCCAGGUUCCAAAGGUGCAAAUGAAAUCUUUAACAUGUGAUUCAACAUGUGCAAUUUGUUGGUCGCAGGCAGUGAAUGACGCCUCUGUGUUGUUGUGAAUGUUUCAAUGUCUCUCGUCAGGGAACGGACGGCUGGUCGAUGACAUAAUCUUGGGCGGUUGCCCAUUUUUGGAGUUCUUGUAGAGCUGCGAAGACUUGCUGAUAUGCCGGAACUUCUUCUGGAUUUUCAACUGCCCAUUUUAAGAACCUACUCCCGUAGGUUCUUCCAUCCAUCAAUGCACUUUGCCGGUAACUGAAGAGGCAACCGGUCUUCUUAAGCAUCGCGUCAUGUUGUGGCUUGUCCUUGAACUUGUCUAAGGCAGUGUUAGCCAUGCCAUUUAAGACGUGAAGAGGAAGUAUAACCAGAUUUGCGGGUUCGAUGUGAAGAAGCCGUUCGUCGGGAUACUAUCUGUCCGGUCGAAAUUGGGGUGCCGCUCGAACUGGCUUACGGGUGCAGGUGCAGAUGGGACAGAAAUCAUCGCUUGAUAUGUGAGGUGUAUCUAAAACAGCUGGAAUCAUUUUGAGGUCCGAAACCCGUAAAAUUUGAACGUCGAUCCAUUCGCCAUCGACUAAGUAGCCUCAUUUGUGGAUUAACCAGUUAACAAAGUCGAAACAUUGUUUUCCGGCUGCACCGACCAGCUCCUUUGAUUCCUCCUUUGCGUUGUAUAUACAUGGCCACGCGCGCGAGGCGAUUCCAUUAUGCAAGAAAAGGCAGAGCGCUGGCGACAAUCAAAAAGCCCAUUGCACAGUGCAAAAAGCCAUAAAUUGCACAGUGCAAAGAGAGAUUUUGUCACAGUGCAUGUCGCCGAAAUCGUUCCCGCGACUUUCCGGACGAACUGUUGAGUUUCACAAAGAAUAUUGUAGAUAGCUCGGGCCUGUGGAAGAAAAGAUAAGGCCGAAGACUUCAGUGCAACUCAUUCACCAACUGCUCUAUCAAUUAAGAGGAGGAUCCAACCUUGGUCAACCGUUAAACUUUUUUUUCGAUUCCCUCUUUGAUAUAUUAUAUGGCACAUGCGCCCUACAUCUUGUCUGACCUCUUCGCAGAAAACCCGGAUUUCUGGUCUGUGGGCCCUCUAGACAAGAAUUGCGUAUUUUCUGUCUGGAAAACAUAACAGACAAUGAACCUGUUUGUUAGCCCUGACGAAAGCUUCAAAAUGUUGUCUGGACUCCAGACAAGAAAAGCGUAAUCCUGUCUGGUAGUCAGGCGAGAAAGUUUGUUUGACCAGAAAAGCCAAAUCCUGUAAAAAUGUUUGUCGACAAAAAAGCUUCGAUUCCCUUCUGGCUGGGACCUGCGAGCUGCAUUUCAUAGCCCAAGUUCUACGACGGAAAUGUCCGAACUCAAGGUCAACGACCGUCGUCGCUGACCCUCGAUCGCGUUGAGGGAGGGACAUGCUUCGCCAAUCGAAACUUUUUUGUGGAGAAACGUUUUCUUUACAGGAUUUAGCAUUACAUGUCUUGAGUCCAGAAAAAAUUGUCUGCUUCCCAGACAACUUUUGCGUACUUCUCUGGUUUUGGGCAAGAAUCGGCAAUUCCCGUUUGAACUGACGAUAAUUUGGACGGAAAACAGCAAUCCUUGUCUACAGGGUUCACAGAUAAGAAGUCCGGUUUUCUGCGAGGAGGUCCGGUAUGUAGAACGCACGCGUCUUACAUCAAUGUUAUGUUUUAAAUCAAUAAACUUGACGGUGAAUGUUGGAAGCUUUUUAAGACCACAGACUGAUUCCACGGAACGUGUGGAAAGUCACGUAUUCUGUAAUUUAUGUCGACAUUUAUUGAGUUUUGUAUUUUGUGGGAAAAAAUAAGUCGUUUUCCACGCCUGGCCUAUUUGUUCAAGAGCGUCACGGAAGCUGCAGAUGUUCAAAGUUGUAGCCAGACCACUGGAUCCAGUAUAAAUUGGGCUCAUUGUUUUUGAAGCGGGAUAUCAAAAUGAGAUGUUUUUUAGGUCUUAUAUUUUCCCUACUGUUUAUUAGCAGUUAUGGGGAGGAUUGUAAAGAUACGUUGCCUUUGAGCUGUGGGAACAUCUACGACUACUGUACGUCGUUUAGAAAUUUUGCGUAUCUGAGAGAGAAUUGCCAGUACACUUGUCAACAGUGCAAGGAUGAUUGCAAGGAUUAUAUAGGGUAAGCGUUUUGUAGCUUUUCGUGUUUAUUUUUAUAAUUUAUUCGGUAUAAACAGCUUUCGUUGCAACGAAGAUUGACUGUAUUCGACUAUUCCAGCUGUCGGGCGGUAAAACAGAUUGGAGCCUGCGACGAGAACACACCUUACGAUCGUGAUCUUGCAAUGAGAUGGUGCCCAAGAACCUGCGGAAGCUGCAAGGACUCGCCUAGAGCCCCGAAGAAAACGGCCAGCACAAAUGCAGAAGUGGCCAAAGUCCUCAAAGAGUUGGAUGAUCUAGUGAAAAAGGCAAAAGGGGGUUGGGAGAGUAAAAUGCCAGGCAUGGAGAAGAAACUGGACGAUGCGGUGAAGGGGAAGAAGUCAGACGAUAAAGGAAAUAAUGACAAUGGAAAGAAUGAUCAAAAGAAAGAUGACACAAAGAAGGAUGAUAAGGGAAACAAUGAUCAGAAGAAGGAUGAUACGGGGAAAGAUGACCAGGAAUGCCCAGAUUGUAAGUGGUCAUUUUUCAAACUUUAAUUGGAAAAGAUGAAGGAGUUUUAGAAAAUAGCAUUUCUCAUAUUUUUUAAAAGUGCUCGAAAGCUAAUCAAACAACAAAAACAGAAAAUGUCUUCCUUUGUUUACAAUGUCCUACAGGCUUUAGCCAAAAUUACGGAUGCCCCUGUAGACUGCGAAUAAAAUUUUUUCCAGCGAAUAACACCUGAUUUACAAAAAAAGUUGAUUUAAAAAAUAUUUUCAGCGGCUGACUCAACCGGUAAGGUCAAGGUAGACCUUGCAGGAUUCGAUAAACUGGCCAAAGAAAAGGGCGAUUGGAAGCAGGAGCGCACAUUCUGCGCCAAAGGAAUUCAGUUCAAGGUGAUUCCGAAGUACGAGAACUGCGCCGAACCUGAUGGAUGUUUCUCGAUCGACGUGACCGCCAGUUACCCUAAAAGCAAAAAUUGGAAGGCCACUGUUGACAUGGAAUACAUCGUUGUCAACAGUGACACAAAAAAGAAUAUUUUGAGGAAGCUGGCUGAGGAAUUUGCUCCAUCAGUAACCGUAAAGGGCGGCAAUAAACUUGAGAAAUUCAAACUUCUGACCGAUGAGAAGCUGGGAUUUAUGCAGCCCGACAAAUCAUUGACGUUCUCGGUGGAAGCAAAUGUCAAAGACUUUAAGAAAACGUGA